CAACGGCCCAAGAACAACAACAACAAAAUCAAUUGAAAAUUGAAACUUAUGGAUUGCUGGACGGGUAACGCCCGACUGGCGAGUGUUUUAGUUUAAGCAGCGUAAGCUGUCACCGACAUGGGCAGUGAGCAAUACUGCUUGAGGUGGAACAAUCAUCAAUCCAACCUGUUAGGGGUGUUUAGUCAAUUAUUACAGGACGGGAGCCUGGUGGACGUUACAUUAGCUUGUUCAGGGGGCCCAUCCAUCAGAGCCCAUAAGGUGGUGCUGUCGGCCUGCUCCUCGUAUUUCCAGAGCCUGUUUCUGCAGCACUCCGAUCCACAUCCAAUUGUGAUACUGAAGGACGUCCGUUUUGCCGAGCUGCAAACUCUAGUUGAAUUCAUGUACAAGGGCGAGGUGAACGUGCAAUAUUGUCAGUUGCCAGCGCUGCUCAAGACAGCCGAAUCACUCAAGGUUAAGGGCCUAGCCGAGAUGACAAAUCAGAAUACGACGCUGCGGGAGCCCGAGCGGGAGCCGGAUCGCUUGCGUCCCCAUUCGCAGGCCAGCGGCGGCAGCGCCGGCGCCAGCAAGGCGGCCGACAGUCCACUGGACGCAGCAGCAGCAGCAGCAGCAGCAGCGGCAGCGGCAGCGUCAGCUCCCAGCUCUUCAACAGCCACGACAGCAGCAGCAACAGUGACAGCAGCUGCAACGACAACAACAACAUCAGCGGCAGCAGCAGCAGCGGCAGCGGCGGAUAAUAUAGCGACAACAGCUGCUGGCAGCAGUAAAACAGCAGCAACAGAAACGACAACAGCAGCGACAACAACAGCAACAAGCACAGCAACAGCAACAACAACAACAGCAGCAGCAGCAGCAGCAGCAGCAGCAGCAACAACGUCAGCGUCAGCUGCAGCUGAGGCGUCAGCAGCGACGUCCGCGGCGUCGAAACGUGAAGCCAGCGAACGCUGCAGUCCGACGCCGCCGCCGCCCAAGCGACCAGCGAGCAGCAGCACGACAGCCAUUGAGCUGCUGGAGGAUGAGGACGAGGAUGACGAUGAUGAGGCGGAGGAGCUGCUGGAGGAGGAGGACGAUGAGCUGCUGGAGGAGCUGGAGGAGGAGGAGGAGGAUGCAUCAAUGCCGCUAGAUCUCUAUCAAAGACCCGCCGCCGUCGUUGUCACAGCUGCGUCCGCUGAGCCACAUGCCGUGCUGCCAGAGAGCUCAACGAGCAGCAGCCACAACAACAACAACAACAACAACAACAAUAGCAACAACAACAAUGGCAGCAGCAAUAACAACAAUGGCAGCAGCAACAACAACAACAGCAGCAGCAAUAACAAUAAUAACAACAACAGCAGCAGCAGCAACAACACCAACACCAACAACAACAGCAGCAGCAACAACCAAAUGAAAGCCACAUGCUCCUCCUCAAGGGUCGCCUCGCCCAGCGGCAGCAACGGCAACGAUUGCCGUGGCAGCGGCACGCCGGAGCCGAGCAGCCGUGUCGUGGCCGUCGACAUCGAUGACGACGAUGAGGACGAGCUGGACGAUCACGACAUGACCGAUGUGGAUGACCAUGUCAUCGUUGUCCAUCGGACGGCAGCAGCAGCCGCGGCAGCCGCAGCGCGCGACAUUGCGCAACGAAUCGCGCAUCAGAGCGCGCGGCGGGCACAGAACGCGAACGAUGAGGAUGACGACGAUGAUUAUGAUGAUGAGGACGAUGAUCGGCAGGAGCCAGCAUCGUCGACGGCAGCCGCAGCAGCAGCAGCAGCAGCCGCCGCAGCAGCCGCAGCGGCCGCCGUGGCAGCGCAUGAAUCGCAGCUGCACUCGCCCAGCGCUGACGGCGAACUGCAGCCGAAGAAGGAGGUGAUCGACGACGACUACGACGACGAGAUGGAUCUGGAUGACGACGACGAGGCGGACAACAGCAGCAACGAGAUGGGGCUCAACAUGAAGAUGAGCAGCGGCGGUGUCGAUCUCUCUACGGGCUCAACCGUUAUACCAUCACCGCUAAUCUCGAUGCCCUCGUCGUCGUCCGCUGCCGCAGCGGCCGCAGCCGCAGCAGCAGCCGCCGCUGCCAUGGAAUCAGCUCGCUCCACACCUGGCGGCGGUGGCGGUGGCGGUGGCGGUGGCGGUGCCGGUGGCAAUGCCGUCGCCUCCGAUCUGAGUCUGUCAAUGUCGCAAUCCGGACGCCCCUCGUCGCGUUCAUCGCGCGACGGCAGCAGCGCCGCUGCCGAUGGACGCUCCAGCAGCCUAUUGAAUCCCGGCAACGUGUCCGGUCUCUUGCCAGUGCAAUCGGUGCCAUUGAGCCUCAAGAAAGAGAUCGAUUGCAGUGAGGAUGAUAACAGCAGUCACAGUAGACACAUGCAACCGCGUUCGGCAUCAGCUGGCGGCGGACUGGGCGGCGAUUUGGAUUAUCGCGCCUCGCACGAAUCGCUGCUGCGCAACUUUGGCUCCCCGAUGAGCGCGAUGGCCGCCAGUCGCUGUCCCACGCCGUUUGCGUUUCCCUUUUCGCCGCUCGGGCUGAGCCUGUUCGACAUUGAUCCGUCCAGAAUACUGAACCUGCUGCACCAUCAGACCUGGCUGGCCGAGGAGGCGUUGCGCACUCGCGGCCUGCUCAGCGCGCCAAAGGACUUUCCCCACCGUUUUACCACAUUAAGCGAUCUGCUUACCAAGGACUAUCAGCCAACUGCGGCCAGUUACGCGGCCAAGCAGACGCAGUCCACAACGAGCCGUUCCAGCGAUCCACAGUACAAACAACAACAACAACAGCAGCAGCAGCAACAAGCCACACAACAACAACAACAACAACAACAACAACAACAGCAACAGCAACCGUCUCAGCAACAGCAACAGCAACAAUCACAGCCAACGCCGCCGCCGCCUCAUGUCGCCUUCAAUAUGCGCUAUGCCACGCCCACUGGCUAUUUUCAGCCCUCGAAGGGCGGUAAAUCGACGGGCACGCCCUCGCCCAAGCAGAUGGCCACCUCAUCGACGGCCAUCUCAGCGGAAUCGCAGCUGGAUGCCCAGUCGGAGGGCAACGAUGACGUCACCAUUGUCGAGCUGGGCAGCGAGCGCAGCGUCGUGACGCCCAACAGCAGCGCACUGCUAUAUAAGGAAUCCCUGGAGCAGCUGCUGGCCCAGCAGCACCAACACCAACACCAGCAGCAGCAGCACCGACGUCGCACCGCUAACAGCAGCACGCCCAGCACUGGGGUAGUUGGAGCUGGAAGUGGAGCUGGCGUCAUUGUGGACGCCACCGGGCUGCGCCAAUACACGCAGCUGCUGCUGUCGGGGGCGGGCACGCCCGUCAGCUGCACGGACACCUCGAGCAGCUGCAAGGAGAAGAGCUCCUCGUCGUCUACCUCAUCGACGCCGCCGCCGAGCGGCGCACUGCUCGCCCAGCACCAGCAGCUGAGCCAGAUGCUGAAGAGUCCGUCGGACACGUGCUCAUCGCUGUUCAGCGAGCCCAUCGAGGAGGAGACGCGCUGCGUCGUCUGCAACGCGCACUUCCCGAACGUCUGGCUGCUGGAGCAGCAUGCGGCACUGCAGCAUCCGCACAUUGGGCCGGGCGAGGAGAAGCCCUUCAUAUGCGAGCAGUGCGGGCAGUCGUAUCGCUAUCGCAGCGCCUAUGCCAAGCACAAGGAGCAGAAUCAUCGCGCCCGCCUGCCCGCGGACAAACUGUUCACCUGCGACGUCUGCGGAAUGCAGUUCCGCUAUCUGAAGAGCUUCAAGAAGCAUCGGCUCAACCAUGCGCUCGAGCGUCUGCACGGCAAGAAGUCCAUCGGUGUGGGUGUCGGUGUCGGUGUGGGCGUGGGCGUGGCACGCAUGAUUAGCGGCACAGCAGCAGCGGCAGCAGCCGCUGCCGCAGCAGCAGCCACAUCGGCCCAGCUGGACCAGGAUGUGGUCACCAGCUCGCAGGAGCCGAUGCUGGCCGACGAGGGCGAGGAUCUGCGCAUCAAUGUGAAGCGCGAGGGCGACGAUUCCGGCCAUCAGCAAGAGGCCACCAGCGAGGAGCACGAGCAGGACAACACUAUCGAUUCGGCGGGCAUUACGAUGCUCUACAAUGACAACAACUCAUCGGCUUCGGCCUCCACGAGCGCCACGGAGCCGAACAUCAGCAGCUCGGACGGCAUACAUAGUACAAACAAGCGGUCACGCCUGUUGAACAGCGCACACCACUUGGAAACGGAUCCCUCCUAUCAUCAUCAACAACACCAUCAUCACCAUCAACAGCAACAGCAACAACAACAGCAACAACACCAUCAUCAUCAACAGCAGCAGCAGUCGCAGUCGCAGUCGCAGUCGCAAUCUCAGCAACUGCCUCCGCAUCUGGCGCACGUCUCACUGCCAAUGGCCAGCGCUGCGGCUGGCUCCUCCUCGGCAGCAGCAGCUGCGGCGGCCGCUGCAGCUGGCUGCAAUUCCAGUCCAGGGGCUGGCGCAGCUGGCACUGCCAACAGCGGCGUGGGCGGCAGCGGCAUUAGUUCGCUCAGUUCGCUGACUUCGCUGAUCAAUGCGGAGCGCAUACCAAAUGAGCAGUUCCUGGGCCUCAAUCCGCAGGAGGCUUCAAUACUCAACUUCUUGCGAGUCGAUGCGGCCGAGCGACAGCGCGACAAGCGGCCCACCACGUCGCGUUUCGCCUGCCCGUUCUGUGGCAAGUGCGUCCGCUCCAAGGAGAACCUGAAGCUGCACGUGCGCAAGCACACCGGCGAACGUCCGUUCGUCUGCCUGUUCUGCGGACGUGCGUUCGGCGGCAAAUCGGAUCUGACGCGCCAUCUGCGCAUCCACACCGGCGAGCGGCCGUACCACUGCGAGUCGUGUGGCAAGUGCUUCGCCCGGGCCGACUAUCUGUCCAAGCAUUUGACCACGCACAUUCACAAUGCGCCGCGCUGAGAUGAGGCGCGUAGGAGGCGGCUCCUACGCAGAUAAGCCAACGAACCAUACACACACAAGCACAAGCACAAACACACUCACACUACACUAGACAACACAGAAUACACUCAAAGAAAAGAGCGGAGAAAAUGAAUGAAAAACACACACAAGAGGCAUAAAUUACAGGAAACAUGAAAAUUGAUGUAUAGAUCUAUUAUUACUACCAUUAUUAUUAGAUUUACAAGUGUCUAAUUAUUUUUUUUAUAUAUAUAUAUAAACAUAUAUAUAUUAUUAAUAUGCGAACUCGAACUCGAACUCGAAUUCGAAUUCAAAUGAGAAUUCGAAGAAACGGUGCUGAGGUACAGUCAGCGCACUGAUAAGCCAUAGAGCAAUCAAUGUGUGUGCAGGGUUAAUUUUUUUUUUUUUUUUUUUUUUUAUAAAUAGAAGAAGAUGAAGAACAUUAAGAACUAUUAGCACGGGUAUUAAUGUCUUUAAGAUUUGAAACUAAAGCAUAAAUAAUUGUAAUUAGUAGAAGUGUUUAAAUUCUUUUUUUUUUUCUAUCUAAUAUGCAAAGUUUUCUAUGGUUAAGUGAGGGUUUUUUUUAGUGGAAUAUAUAAGGAGAUCUAAUUAGUUCUGGCAGCUGCAAGGCAACUACUAACUACAACAACAAACUGCAAUAUAUGAAAAUAGUCUGUGUUUUUGAGAGCAAAGAAAACAAAAAGAAAACAUUCAAAUCACCAAGUACCAUAAAUCUGCCGUUUACAUAGAGCAACUCUAAAAGCUAAACUAAAAAACUAAUUUUACAUUUAUUUAAAACUAAAUAGCAAAAUAUAUUGUACAAAAUAUAGAAAGAAACUAACUAAUAGAGAGUUUAACUCGAGAGCUGAGACAGAAGAGAAAUGAAACGAAAGGAGAUGAGAUCGAAAUGAAAGGAAAAGAAACGAAACAGGUUGGCAGCACCAAUGCAGAAGAAGAAGAAGAAGAAGAAGCAACAGCAGCAAGAGGCAUGUCCCAGCAGCAGCAAUUUUGUUGAAAUUAACAUUAAAUCGAAUGAGAAACUCAAAGAGAAAUAGUAACAAUAACAAUAACCACAAAAACAAUAAAAGGAUUUUAGUUUUUUUUUUUUUUUUUUAUAUAGCAAUUUAUAUAUAAUUUUUACCAUAAGACAGACGGACUGACGGACGAACAGUGAAUGGAAACGAAAAUCAAAAAACCAUAGAGGCAAGAGAGACAACUAUAUAUAUUGAAUAUAUGUUUUUUAAACGUAUGUGCUAGCUUAAAGCAAACAGACAGCAAACAAACAGACAAACAAUACAAAGGAGAAACUUAUUAUAAUUUAUACAAAUCAAAAAUCAACUAAAAGUUAAACUGAGGCAUAAGGAUGAGUAGAGGACGGGAGGCGGGGGAGAGGGUGAAGUUUUGAGGGAACUGGAAAGUGGGUUCGAAUCGGAGGCUUGAGGCAGGCUAGAGUUACAAAUAAUAUUUACUUAUGUGCAACCACCGUCAAUAGUUUAAUAAUUUACAAAACAAGCAUACAACAAUUUUACAAAUAAAUAGAAAAGAGAUGAGACACAUAGAAAUAGCGAAUAACAAAGCAAAUCAAAUAAAACGUUUUUUCUUUUUUUACAAAAUGAAAAACAACAACUACAACAACACAAACUAACUGUGAUUCCAGCAACAACAAAAUAACAAAUAACUUACUUACAAUUUACAAGAAAAGAAAGAGUAUAAGAGAAACAAUAGCAAAGCUACAAGUAAAACAAACUAAAUACAAAAAAAAA